CGGACGUGCCGUUUUAUUUUAUCGCGUUUUUCGUUUCCCUUUCGUUCUUUCCGUUUAUGAUUUAACGCCACCAUGUCCAAAGGCGACGGUGAACAGCAAAAUGGAUCCGGCGAGGAGUCCAAGACCAACCUCAUCAUAAACUACCUGCCACAGAGUAUGACCCAGGAGGAGAUCCGGAGCCUGUUCUCGAGCAUCGGGGAAGUGGAGUCAUGUAAGCUGAUCAGGAACAAAGGAGCCGCGUUCCCGGACGCGCUGAACCACGCGCUGCACGGCGGUGGGCAGAGCCUCGGCUACGCGUUCGUCAAUUACCACCGCCCCGAGGAUGCGGAGAAGGCGAUCGCUACUCUCAACGGGCUGCGGCUUCAGAACAAGACAAUCAAAGUGUCUUACGCGCGACCGAGCAGCGAAGCUAUUAAAGGUGCAAAUUUAUACGUGUCCGGACUGCCAAAAACGAUGACGCAAUCGGAGCUGGAGCGACUGUUCAGCCCAUACGGACGCAUCAUCACGUCGAGGAUCCUGUGCGAGAACUCCGGCGGGCGCCCCUUCACAGGAGGUGAGCAGGGAUUGUCAAAAGGUGUCGGAUUUAUAAGGUUCGACCAGCGCGUGGAGGCUGAACGGGCGAUUCAGGAGUUGAACGGAACAGUGCCGAAAGGAGCGACAGAGCCGAUCACAGUGAAGUUCGCAAACAACCCGAGCAACAACGGCAAGGCUCUAGCCCCGCUCGCGGCGUACCUGCCGGCGGCGCUGCGCUUCCCGGCGCCUCUUGGCCGGUUCAGCUCAGGCAAGUCCCUUCUCGCUAUCAAUAAAGGUCUGCAGCGCUACAGCCCGCUGGCGGGCGAGCUGCUCGGCGGGGUGCUACCAGGCGCCGUCGGCUCCGAGUGGUGCAUCUUUGUGUACAACCUCGCUCCAGAGACCGAGGAGAACGUGCUGUGGCAGCUCUUCGGCCCCUUCGGCGCCGUCCAGAGCGUAAAAGUAAUACGCGACCUCCAAACCAACAAGUGCAAGGGCUACGGCUUCAUCACAAUGACGAACUACGACGAGGCGGUGGUGGCCAUCCAGUCGCUCAACGGGUACACUCUGGGCAACCGGGUGCUGCAAGUGAGCUUCAAGACCAACAAGAUCAAGACCAUCUAAGGCGAUGGUCCGCACACGGCCUGGCGACGCUAGGACGGCACAGCAGGUGCGCACCCAUACAUACCCACUCGAACCUAACUCGCGGUCGCCGCCGGUCGCGGCUCCAGCGACGCCCCGAUCGCAGCCAAAAACCACCACUUGCUUUUGGCUGUCAUCUCAUCAAGGACCUGACAUGAUAGACUGUGUCUUCCGGACGUUAGCGCUUGCGCGCCAUAGGAGCGCGCGAACGAGUUUUGUACGUUAAUUAUAAACUAGCGAAUGUUUUUGACUCGCUCUUUGUGCGGUGCCUUUUGUUCGGCGCGCUCAGCCAUUUUAACGCACAUAAUAUAGUAUAGCCUGCCCGAAUUGGGUUAAGUGUUUCAGGAAAUCAAAAUGGCGGAAUUUAACACCCCGCGCGGUGCGCGCAUGUCCGAAUAAAAUGGCGACGCCUGAAUGAACGGCGCCGCGAGCAUGCAAUAAUAAAUUUAGAUGGACGGCAUCUAAUGCUAACUCUGGCCAGACUUUAAACCAUACAUAUUGGUAAUAGUCAAUAACAAAAUAAUGAUAUUAAACUUCGCUUAUGAACGGUUGUGGUUAUCGAGAAAUAGUUUAAAAUAAUAAUUAGCAAUAAUAGCCUAAUGCUAUGCUCCAAUUUUAUAUGCGAUCAUAUCGUAAGUACCGUAAGGUUUACAUUCGCGGUUAGGCCGGCACCGGAUCGAUAUGCCAAAUGUAUCGCAGUAACUCAUCUCCGCUCGCACACAUACUCCCACGUGCGACAACGUCGACACUGUCGCACACCACACGCACGACGUACACAAGUAAGUAGUUUAGACCGGCCGACACCCGACGCGAGUGGGCCGCUACAUCAGGCUUAAUCGAAGUAAAAUAGUGUUAUAUUGUUAAAGAUUGGAAGAAUAUAUAUUAUCUAUACGUAUAUUUUAAUCAUAUAUUAAUCUAAUUAAGGAUGAAAACUAAUCAAAAACUGUGAUAGGUUUUGAUAAAAUUUUAAAAAUGAAAAGAUCUCGGUUGGGGAGUUGUAACGGAGUCGUUCGAGCGGCGCUCGGGUGGUAGGCGGGGGCUGAAUGUAGGUUAGGUUUUUGAGAUUUUUGCUACUAGGGUUCGGAUACGUCCGUGGCACAGGCGCGGAGCGACGGAGCGACGGUACACUAUGUACGAGCUAGGAGGAAGAUGAGGAAAAUCGAUGGAGCUGUUCUGGGCUAGGGGCGGGGCGUACCCCCGCACGGAGCGCCCCACGGCCCGAGACCCCGCGGGGGACGGAAACAGUCCGCGGAACUAUGGUGCAUACUCUAGUCUAACGAUAUCGUUUCAAAAAUUAAUAAAUCGAUGUCUUAACAUAUGAUCGGUACCUGCUAUAUAAUAAUGUAUGGAUGCGACCCUGCGUCUAUUCGAAGUAGGCUUUAAUUGUCUUAGUUUAAAUGGAAAUUUGUAAAUAGAGAAAAAGUUGUUUAAAAAAAUAAUAUUCUUGCCGCGUCUAAAUACACGCCACACACUCACAGUAUAACCCGAUGAAGACCUAUUGUGAACAUCGAACUUGAAUAGAUAUAAUAUCGUGCCGUCCUAACGACCCUACGAUUUUUGUAAAAAAAAAUAUAUACUUAAUAUAUGUAAAAACAGUUUUGUAACAUUUCAGAUAUUAACUAAUAGGUACUCAUUACAUACCAAAGAUGGAGAUUAAAAUUUACAAGUAUUUAUAUAUUUAUUAUUAAAUGUAAAACGUGCAAUAACUAAUAGCCAGUAAUUUAAUAAAAAUAUAUUAAAGAAAAUGAUUGGAGGCGUUGGUGGACGUCUAGCGUCUAGGAUGCGGGAGCCAGCGCCGGUAGGGCUCUGCCCCGGGGCGGAGCGCCUCUCGCGGACACUGCGUGAAUGUGUGUGCACAUUGAGCCACGUUUGUCUACUAUUUAUUGUAACCUUUGUUUAUCCGCACUAACUUACUUUCGAUAUUUAUAAAAAAUAAUCUAAAAUUACUUUCGCUUAAUUUAAUGCAGCUUGAGACGCAUAAUGUUCAGAUUUUAGUCUUAAUACGUUUUAUUAUUAGGUAUAUUCGUAUUAAUUUAGACAAAUUGUGAGUUACUCUCGCCGUCGCGACGCCACUCGCGUGUUCACUGGAGGGCGGGUGGCGUUCAGGGGUCGAAGUUUGAUUAUUUUAAUAGUAAUCUUACUGAUCGUGCGGUUGAUAGGAACCUAGUAUGAGUCGGCGUGUGAAGCACAAG